AUGGCUCCCAAGAUCGCCAUCGUCUACUACUCCACCUACGGACAUAUCAGGCAGCUGGCGGACGCCGAGAAGGCCGGUAUCGAGAAGGCUGGUGGCACCGCCGACCUGUAUCAGAUUCCCGAGACCCUCUCUGAGGAUGUCCUAGCCAAGAUGCACGCCCCUCCUAAGCCAACAGACGUUCCCGUCCUCGAGGACCCCGGUGUCCUCGCCGAGUACGAUGCCUUCCUGCUGGGCAUUCCCACUCGUUACGGCAACUUCCCCGCUCAGUGGAAGACUUUCUGGGACAAGACCGGCAAGCAGUGGGCGACCGGUGGCUUCUUCGGUAAGCUGGCUGGCGUCUUCAUCUCGACCGGCACUCUCGGCGGUGGUCAGGAGUCUACUGCCAUUGCCUCUCUGUCCACCCUCACCCACCACGGCAUCAUCUACGUGCCCCUCGGCUACGCCAAGACAUUUGGCCAGCUGUCCAACCUUGAGGAGAUCCACGGCGGCUCUCCCUGGGGCGCCGGUACCUUUGCUGGUGGAGACGGCUCGCGCCAGCCCACCAAGCUGGAGCUGGAGAUUGCCACUCUCCAGGGCGAGCAGUUCUACCUCACCGCCAGCAAGCACUUCAGCUGA